AUGACAAUCGAGGCUUCUGCAGCCACCGAGACAGCUCCGGCGCUUCCAGAUUAUAUGACCAACCCCAAUGCCGUGCUCGGGGAUAUUGACGCGUCAUGGCGAUACGGAAAGCCCCCGGACUACACGAAUACACGUAGAGUGUUCGCUGAGACUAAGAAACGUCACCAUCCAUCCGGUUCUCUCCCAGACCUCGUCCAAAACCUCGUGAAGAACUGGGAGAUCGAGGCUUCCUUCAAGACAUCGGUCUCCGACUGGCGAACUGUUGACCCCAACACAUACACGUUUGCCAUUAAUGGCGGGCUACCACAAUCGGCAGAGCAUAUGCUCAAGGUGGGCACAUACAAUGCCAUCAUCGCACCUAAUGAAUACUAUAGCCCUCAACACUCGGAUUUUGGUUCUAGCCAUAAAACUUUCAAGCGAAUGAUGCCCACCUUUGCUUGGGAGGUGCUCGAGGUGUAUAGCGAACCACCAAUCGUUGCGUUUAGAUGGAGACACUGGGGAACUAUGAAAGAAGAUUAUGUUGGUUGGAAUCACAAUGGAGAGAAAGUCACAGCCAAGGCACAUAACGGGCCCAUUGAUAUCGAGGGCGUUACUGUGGCACACUUGACAGACAAAUUUCAGGUCACGAAGUUGGAGACCUGGUUUGACCCUCUCGAGAUGUUCAGACAGAUAGCUCCUGAAGGCGUCGUCAGGAAAGAAGUAGUCGCCGCUGCUGCUGCUGCAGGCUGUCCCGUCAUGGCCCACCAAUAUGCUAGUGGUGACGGCGGCAAAUCUAUUCAAGGGCUGACCAAACACUUUGAGGGGCAAUUAAUUGGGCCGAAGUCUUCCGGCAGUGAUCCCAAGCAGAAUGUAAACAAUGAAUCGACACUAGCGGUUGCCAGAAAAGUAGACAAGGCGGUGAUCGAUGGACAGGCCCGGCUGGCAGAGAAGACCGCUUCCGAAGCAAAUUCGGAAAAUGGACAGAUACCAAGGGCGAAUGCCGAGUGA